AUUAGAUUCUUUCACAAAACAACUAAGGAUGAAUCAUGAACACUCAACAAUCCAGACUAUAAUUUCUCAUAAUGACAUUUGACUAUCACCCCAAACACCAUCCUUUUUCUCACUGCCACAACCUGUUGCAGCUAUACAUUCAAAGAAAUUCCUUUCCCUCCUCCAUCAAGUAACAUCAUUGCUGCUUGAAAAAGGGACUCUCACCUCAAAUCAUGUUGCACAAGCUGUUCAUAUUAGGAGAACUGAGCAUACACGAGUUGUAAACUACUUGAAUAUAUAUAAACUAUACAUAUAUACACCUGCUGUUAGAAAUUUGUGGUACCAAUGAUGCACCUCGUCAACUGAUAGCACCAAUUAGGUUGUAUUCCUUCUUUAGGGCUGCCAUUGUGUCUGCUUCAACAGCAGCAUCCGCAAUUUCAUUCAAGUGUACAUGCAUAUAUAGUGCUUUCUCUCUCUGAAAAUCAUCUUGCCCCUGCUCGUUCAAGUAUUUGAAUUAAAUAAAUAAACAGAGCAGAGAAAGACUUAAAAUGCCAGGAAAAUCAGGGAUUGUGGAAAAUUAAAAUGACAGGAAUUGC